AUUAUUUAUGUAAGAGUGGUGUACAAUUGAGUCUGAUCCUGGAGUUUUCACUGAGCUUAUAAAUGCAAUUGGAGUUUAAGGAGUUUAAGUUGAAGAAAUAUAUGAUCUAAAUGAUGAAUAGUAGAUAGCAUAAAUGCAACCAAUUUAUGGAUUCAUAUUUUUAUUCAGAUGGACUAGUAAGGGUGAGAAAAGAGAAUGCCUCAAAAUUUAUGAUUAAGAUCUCUUCUUUGCCAAUUAAGUCAUCUAAAAUGCAUGUGCAACUUAAGCUAUCAUAUCCAUAUUACUCAAUUGUCCAUAAAUUGAAAUAGGAGAAGCGCUUAAAAAUUAUAAAGUAAUACAUAUUAUAAAUUAUUUAGGAAUUUGCUUUUGCUUUAGAUCCUAAAGAAAGAGGCAAUUGUCUUGGAGCUGUUGAUGUUAUUAAAACUGCCCACAAUAGUUUUGCUAGACCAGAACCUUUUAUAUUCUCUAGUGAAAAGAAAAAAGCUAAAGUAUUAUUUUCACUUUAUUCUAGGAAGGUGAUGAUGUCUUUCACUUUGUAUCAUAUCUUCCUUUUAAAGGAAAAGUUUAUGAAUUAGAUGGUCUUUAAGAAGGACCUAUCUUAAUUGGAGAAUAUUAGGAUGAUUGGAUUGUCAGAGCAAAAGAAGCAAUCUUAAAAAGAAUUCAACAUUAUUAAGAAAAAGAAACAGCCUUUACUUUAUUAGCUGUUAAUUAAUGUAGAAAAUUUAGAGUAUUAUCCUUUAUUUAAUUUAGGCUAAUCAAAUUAUUUCAUAAUCAUAAAAUGACAUUACUUUGAGUCUCAAAACUUUAGAGUUUAUUGGAGUAGAUUUGACUGAAGAAUAAAAAUAAUAAUUACUUUAACUUUCAAAUUAAUAAGUAAAAUUUACUUAUACUAUCCAAGAAUAUUGAAUAAGAAUUACUAUAAGAAACUAAGGAAGAAUUAUUAAAUAGAUUAAAUCUUGCAAAUAAUAGAAUCUAAGAAGCAUAAAUAACUCUUACUGAAGAAAAUGCUAAAUUCUAAAAAUAUAGAGUAUUUUUUUUAUUAAUUAUUUCUUUUCUUAGGAGGAAAAUUCCAGAAGAAAACAUAAUUAUAUUCCUUUCAUUUUAGAACUUUUUAAAAUGGCUCAAAGAAAAGGUCAACUUGAAGGAUUAUUAGAAAAAGCUUAGCAAAAAUAAUAAUAAAAGUUUUAGCAGUAACCAAAAAAAUGAUAUUUUAAAUUUUAUAAUAUGAAC